CGAGCUUUAGUGGUACGACAGCAAUGGCCGUCGUCGGUGUUUGGUUACUUUGUUUAUCUGUUAUAAUUAUACCGCCAUAUCUGGUUGAUGGACGGCAGGAUAACCAUACAAACCUACAAACGGGCCGGAAGCGCACAGGACCUUGGUGGUUCAUGUCUUCUGACUACAUUUACUUGAACAUGAGUAGUUUGGCUUUUCCGAACGUAAUGUGCAUCAAAGCAGAAACUGUCAAGAAGAACAGGCGAAAUCGGACCUUGUCGCACGUUGUGCACGUCAGGCUCUCCUAUCCGGACACCUGGUACAGAAUAAACGCUUCUUAUGAACCACGCCUUAGGGACGGUAAAAGGGUGAAAAUGUUCACAUCUAUCGACGAGCAAACGCAUGCUGUUACCAACUACACAUUUCUUCUUGCGAGAAAUGAAUGUGCUAUUGUGACCAAGGAUAAACAAAUUCCAAACAAAGCCUUAGUUACAAGCAUCGAACUGUGGGUCAACGAUAACUUUUUCGCUGAGGAGCCGAAAUUCUGCGAAAAGCAGUUUCUGAAGAAAUACAAGACGCCGACACGAUACGAUAUCAGAGAAUGUGAGAGACCUGACCGUAGACCCAAAAAUGCCUGAAUUACUGGCACAAUAAACGUGUGUUCACGUGGCACCAAGCAGACAGUGGAGCUCAGAAUAAAAGGAAUCAAAUUCGUUU